AUGUUACAACAGCUGAUCCUGUUAUUACUAAAUUCAUCAUCAUCUCAUCUUCAUCACAUCAUCACAUCGUCAUCUCAUCAUUAUCACAUCAUCAUCACAUCAUCAUCACAUCGUCAUCACAUCGUCAUCUCAUCAUUAUCACAUCAUUAUCACAUCAUCAUCCCAUCGUCAUCUCAUCAUUAUCACAUCAUCAUCACAUCAUCAUCACAUCGUCAUCUCAUUAUUAUCACAUCAUCAUCAUAUCAUCAUCACAUCGUCAUCACAUCAUCAUCACAUCAUCAUAACAUCAUUAUCACAUCAUCAUCACAUCAUCAUCACAUCAUCAUAACAUCGUCAUCAAAUCAUUAUCACAUCAUCAUCACAUCAUCAUCACAUCGUCAUCUCAUCAUCCUCUCAUCAUUAUCACAGCAUCAUCAUCUCGACUUCAUCAUCUCAUCAUCAUCACAUUAUCAUCACAUCAUCACAUCGUCAUCUCAACAUCAUCACAUUAUCAUCACAUCAUCACAUCGUCAUCUCAACAUCAUCACAUUAUCAUCACAUCAUCACAUCGUCAUCUCAACAUCAUCACAUCGUCAUCUCAUCGUCAUCUCAUCAUCAUCUCUUCAUUAUCUCAUCAUUAUCUCAUCAUCAUCUCAUCAUCAUCUCAUCAUCAUCUCAUCAUCAUCUCAUCAUUAUCACAUCGUCAUCUCAUCAUCAUCUCAACAUUAUCACAUCAUCUCAUCAUUAUCACAGCAUCAUCACAUCGUCAUCUCAUCAUCAUCUCAUCAUUAUCACAUCAUCUCAUUAUUAUCACAGCAUCAUCAUCUCGUCAUUAUCACAUCAUCAUCUCAUCAUUAUCACAUCAUCAUGACAUUAUCUCAUCAUCAUCACAUCAUCAUGAAAUUAUCUCAUCAUUAUCACAUCAUCAUAUCAUUAUCACAUAAAAAUCACAUCAUCAUCACAUAA